GCCAUGGGCAAUCCAGCUGAAUGGCUUGAGACAGUCCGUAAAUGCGAAUACCUUCCUGAACAGGACAUAAAGAAGCUGUGUGAGAUGGUUAAAGAACUCCUUAUGGAGGAAUCUAACAUCCAGCCAGUACAAUCUCCCGUAACCGUCUGUGGUGACAUUCAUGGCCAAUUUUAUGACUUAUUGGAGCUAUUUCGUGUGGGUGGAGAUAUCGAAAAUACAAACUACAUUUUCAUGGGUGAUUUCGUUGAUCGUGGUUAUUUUAGUUUAGAGACAUUCACUCUCUUAAUGACUCUUAAAGCAAAGUAUCCAAACAAGAUUACAUUGUUAAGAGGAAAUCAUGAAAGCAGACAGAUCACCCAAGUGUAUGGCUUCUAUGAUGAGUGUCAAGCAAAAUACGGAAAUGCUAAUGUCUGGAAAUACUGCUGCUCUGUAUUCGACUAUCUCACUCUUGCAGCGAUCAUCGAUGGUUCUAUUCUUUGUGUUCAUGGUGGUCUAUCACCAGACAUUAAAGCACUUGAUCAAAUCAGAACUAUACAUCGUCUGCAAGAAAUUCCUCACGAAGGAUCAUUUUGCGAUUUGAUGUGGUCUGAUCCUGAAGAAAUUGAUACUUGGGCUGUCAGUCCAAGAGGUGCUGGCUGGCUGUUCGGAGGAAAAGUUACAAGUGAGUUCAACUACAUCAACGGACUUAAUCUUGUAGCAAGAGCGCACCAGCUCGUACAGGAAGGCUAUAAGUAUCACUUUCCAGAUGAUGAAUUGGUUACAGUAUGGUCUGCACCCAACUACUGCUAUCGAUGUGGUAACGUGGCGUCUAUUAUGGAAGUACGUGACGUGAACGAUGUGACAGAGAGAGACUUCAAGAUAUUUGAUGCUGUGCCGGAUCAGGACAGAUUUACACCUUACAACGCAAGGAGUGGUCUUGGGCUGACAUCAAGACACGGAGGCUCUGGUGGCCAGUACUUCUUAUGA